GCUGCUAUGGCAAGAGCAAACAAUGUCUCAGUCAUCAUCGUUUAGCCAGCCGUACGCGGAAUGUAAGCGCACUGAGCACUGAGCACAAUGAACCUUGUCGAACACCUCUAAGAACUGGACCUCGGCCGUGGACCUCGGCUGCUGGGGUUUCGUCAUGCGCCAGGCUUGCGGUUAUCGGGAGCAGCACGAAAGCUUCCUACCCGCUUUCCCAGGGCCAGGAUACUAUCACGAAUCCAGGACACGAAAUUAGAGAUCAGCUUGACUCUACAGGCCAUGGUGUGAAAAGUGUACAGGAAUUUCAACAUAGACCCCGCAUCGCUGGCUCCAUCGACCGUCCUCGCGCCCAAUACAUCACUUUCGGCUACGUGAUAUUCACUUCAUACCUGAACGAUGGCCGGCCAGUCGAAGGUCGAGGUGCUGCCUCCAUGGGGUAAUGCCGUCGCAGGCGCUGCUGGCGCCGUCAUUGCGAACACCUUAGUCUACCCGCUGGACAUGAUCAAGACGCGACUACAGGUACAAGUCAAGCGCUCAAAAAACUCGAAUGAUCCGAAUCCUGCCGACCACGAGCACUACAAUGGCACCCUCGACGCCAUCCAGAAGGUUAUCGGGAACGAAGGUGUUUCUGGGCUGUACGCAGGCAUGUUUGGUUCCUUGGUUGGUGUCGCCUCGACAAACUUCGCAUACUUCUACUGGUACACCUUCGUUCGCAGCUUGUACUUGUCCCACCAGACCGUUUCGACACCUCCAGGAACGGCCGCUGAACUAUCACUGGGAGCCGUAGCUGGAGCACUGGCUCAACUGCUCACAAUCCCUGUUGCUGUUGUUACAACACGCCAACAGACCAUGAGCAAGCACGAGCGCAAGGGCAUGAUUGCCACAGGCAUGGAUGUCGUCAACAGCGAGGAUGGCUGGACAGGUCUCUGGCGAGGACUCAAGGCAAGCUUAGUCCUAGUGGUGAACCCUUCGAUCACAUAUGGCGCAUAUCAGCGUCUCAAGGACAUCUUGUACCCAGGCAGAACAGCAUUGAAGCCUCAUGAAGCUUUCCUCCUUGGAUCCUUGUCGAAGAUGCUCGCUACCGUCGUCACACAACCACUCAUUGUCGCCAAGGUCGGUCUCCAGUCGAAGCCGCCACCAGCCAGGAAUGGCGUCCCAUUCAAGACGUUCACCGAGGUCAUGCGUUACAUCAUUGAGCACGAAGGCCCAUGGGCAUUGUUCAAGGGCAUUGGACCACAGAUCUUGAAGGGCUUGCUGGUCCAGGGAUUCCUCAUGAUGACAAAGGAGAGAAUCGAGCUCCAGUUUAUCCUUCUAAUUAGAUACUUCCGCCAAGUCCGCGCCGAGAAGCUACAGAAGCUGGCCAAUAUUGCAGCAGAGAAGGCUGGCAAGGUUGCACCGGUGCUUAUCAAGUAAGCAGCUGUUGGUGGGUCACAUAUCAGUACAUUUUGCAGAUACCUUGGGAUUUAGAGGCACAAUAUGGAGGCUGUCUUGGAUAAAUCUUUUCACACUGGCGUCCGGGCAGCAUUGCA